ACUCCCGUCUCUUCCCUCCCCGUGUGACUCUCCCAUUCCUGUUUACGCGGCUCUGGUUGGUCGCCGUGUUGCUGUAUUAUUUUUUGGAAAGUCCAGUCGGAGCGAGAGGGUGUGGGAGGAAUGAGACAGAGCGCUGAUUGUGAGAGGCAGAGAGAGAGAGAAGGAGCGGCCCGGGCCCGGCUUGAAGCGGACACCAACAGCUGCUUGCGGCCAGAAUGAAGUUCCGCAGCGGCCGGCCUGGGGCCCAGGGGAGUGAAGGGAUCCGACUAGCAAUGGAGAGUGCGCUGACGGCCCGAGACCGGGUUGGGGUCCAGGAUUUUGUCCUGCUGGAGAAUUUCACCAGUGAGGCAGCGUUCAUCGAGAACCUCCGUAAACGCUUCAAAGAGAACCUGAUUUAUACAUACAUCAGUUCUGUCCUGGUCUCCGUCAAUCCAUACAAGGAACUGGAGAUCUACACCAAACAACAUAUGGAGAGAUACAGAGGAGUCAAUUUCUAUGAAGUGUCACCUCACAUUUACGCUGUAUCAGACAACUCGUACCGCUCGAUGAGGUCAGAACGGAAAGACCAGUGCAUCCUCAUCUCUGGCGAGAGUGGAGCUGGUAAAACAGAAGCGUCGAAGAAGAUCCUUCAGUACUAUGCAGUGACAUGCCCAGCCAGUUUGAGGGUGGAGGAAGUACGUGAUAGGCUGCUGCAGUCUAACCCAGUGCUGGAGGCUUUUGGAAAUGCAAAAACCCUCCGCAAUGACAAUUCCAGCCGCUUUGGCAAGUAUAUGGAUAUCCAGUUUGAUUUCCGGGGGGCACCAGUGGGUGGUCACAUCCUCAACUACCUGCUGGAGAAAUCCCGAGUUGUCCACCAGAACCACGGCGAGAGGAAUUUUCACAUUUUUUACCAACUGAUCGAUGGAGGUGAUGAGGAUCUAAUGAGGAGACUGGGGCUGGAACGCAAUGCCCAGAGCUACCAGUAUCUAGUCAAAGGACAUUGUGCGAAGGUCAGUUCCAUCAAUGAUAGGCAUGAUUGGAAAACUGUGUACAAAGCACUGACCAUCAUCGAUUUCAGCAGCACAGACAUCGAGGAGCUGCUGAGUAUUGUGGCCAGUGUUCUGCACUUGGGCAAUUUACAAUGCUCCUCAGACGAUGAUGGAAAUGUGGUCAUCACCGGAGAAAACCAGAUCAGACUCCUCUCCCGGCUCCUGCAGGUUCCUGGCACUGUACUGCGAGAGGCUCUCUCUCACAAGAAAAUCAUCGCCAAAGGGGAAGAGCUGAUCAGUCCCCUGAAUGUUGAGCAAGCCGCUUACGCGCGCGACGCUCUCGCCAAAGCAAUCUAUGGCCGCACCUUCUCCUGGCUAGUCCAGAAGAUCAACAAGUCUCUAGCCCACAGGGACUCCACAUAUUCUACUCGCAAUAGACCCAAUGUCAUUGGGUUGCUAGAUAUUUACGGAUUUGAGGUGUUCCAACACAACAGUUUCGAACAGUUCUGCAUCAACUACUGCAAUGAGAAAUUACAGCAACUAUUCAUCGAACUGACACUGAAAUCGGAGCAGGAGGAAUAUGAGGCAGAAGGAAUUGCGUGGGAGCCUGUUCAAUAUUUUAACAACAAAAUCAUCUGCGACUUAGUUGAGGAGAAGCACAAGGGAAUAAUCUCCAUCUUGGAUGAAGAAUGUUUGCGUCCUGGAGAUGCGACAGAUUUAACCUUCCUGGAGAAGCUGGAAGAGACAGUUGGGAAACAUCCUCAUUUUGUAACACACAAGUUGGCGGAUCAGAAAACCCGGAAGACGCUGGUGAGGGAGGAGUUCAGACUGUUGCAUUACGCUGGGGAGGUCAAUUACAAUGUGACAGGAUUCUUGGACAAGAACAAUGAUUUACUCUUCAGGAAUUUGAAAGAGGCAAUGUGUGAGUCUGGCAAUGAGAUUCUGCAGCAGUGCUUUGAGCGAGGAGAACUGGAUGACAAGAAGAGACCAGAAACCGCAGCAACUCAGUUCAAGAACAGCCUGGCGAAACUCAUGGAGAUUCUAAUGUCGAAGGAUCCAUCAUACGUGCGCUGUAUAAAGCCCAAUGAUGCAAAGCAACCAGGAAGAUUCGAUGAAGUUCUGAUCAGACACCAAGUGAAGUACUUGGGUCUCAUGGAGAAUCUGCGUGUGCGGAGAGCUGGGUUUGCCUAUCGAAGGAAAUACGAAGUCUUCUUGCAAAGGUACAAAUCCCUCUGUCCUGAAACCUGGCCCAAUUGGAAAGGUCCUCCUUCUGAAGGGGUGUCUACUUUGGUGCAACAUCUUGGAUACAAGCCGGAAGAUUACAAGCUGGGCAGGACGAAGAUUUUUAUUCGUUUCCCAAAGACGUUAUUUGCUACUGAAGAUGCUUUUGAACUUCAGAAACACACGAUUGCCACAAAGAUCCAGGCAGAGUGGCGAGGAUUCCAUCAACGACAGAAGUAUCAGAAGAUACGAUCGUCAGCAAUCACCAUCCAGUCGUGGUGGAGAGGGGAAUUGGGCCGUAGGAUUGCCAGGCGCCGCAAAAAUGCAGCUCUGACCAUUCGCAGGUUUAUCAAGGGGUUCAUCUACCGACACAAGCCACGCUGUCCAGAAAAUGAGUACUUCCUGGAUUACGUCCGAUAUUCGUUCCUGAUGAAGUUGAAACGCAACUUGCCAAAGAAUGUUCUGGACAAGUCCUGGCCAGUCCCACCCCCAGCUCUCUCUGAGGCCUCCGAACUGCUCAGAGACCUGAACAUGCAGAACAUGGUUCAGUCCUACUGCAAGAGGAUUACUCAGGAGUGGAAACAGCAGCUGGAGCAAAAAGUGGUAGCGAGUGAAGUGUUCAAGGAUAAAAAAGACAACUAUCCCCAAAGCGUUCCCAAGCUGUUUGUCAACACCCGGAUCGCUACAAGUGAGCUCAACAGCAAAGUGCUACAGCUUAUACAAAGUGAAGAUAUCAAGUACGCUGUCGCUGUGACAAAGUACGAUCGGAAUGGCUACAGGCCGAGAGCACGGCAGUUGUUGGUCACUCCAGACAGUGCCUUGAUCAUGGAAGAAGCUAAACUCAAACAGAAGAUUGACUAUGUCGACCUGAGUGGAAUAUCGGUCAGCUCCCUGAGUGAUGGGCUCUUUGUUCUCCAUGUCCCCUGUGAAGAUAACAAAAAAAAGGGUGAUGUUGUGUUGCGGAGUGACCAUGUGAUUGAGACAUUGACAAAACUGGCCAUGGCAGCUGAUAAAGCAAACAAUAUAAAUAUCAACCAGGGCAGCAUAAAGUUCACGAUCAAGCAUGGGAAAGAAGGCAUCAUCGAUUUCACAUCAGGAUCAGAACUGAUCAUUUCAAAAUCAAAGAAUGGACACCUGUCUGUGGUGGCUCCUCGACUGAACUCCAGAUGAUGCUGCCAGUGAGAUCCGAGUGACAGCCCAUUGUACAGACAGAUGGUUUGAAGGUGUGCGCCAGUAACUGGCAGCAUCUGUAAUGAAAAAAGGAGCUUGUACAUUUAUCGGUGAGGCAUUUGAGUAGCCCACCUUGGCCUCGUUUUUAUUACCUCCUUUACACUGCUUCCCUUGACUGCCAAAGCCUGUGCUUCCACAGCAGGAACUGAAGGAUCCGAGUUAUACUUUAAUCACGCAAAAAAAAAUUGGAAGAAUAUUUAUAUUAAAAAAAUGGCUGUCAUGAUCAGUGACCUGAGUGAGUUGUAUCACAUGACUGCCACAGUGCAUGUGUGAUACAUAAAGCAAUAGAAUAGAUAUUGUCCACAGAAAUUCCUUUGGUUCGAAACAGAAGCUUCUGUUCCCGUGAGCCCUCAGUAAGGAGAAGACCAUGCUGCGGAAUGCCUUCUUCAAGGUUAGAGGUUGCUGAAGAAAUGAACCAAGUGAUGAUUUUUUAAAAUACAAAUCCAUUGCCUGGGGAUUUUUCUUUGAGUUCUUCGAGCCAUGAAGUGUUGAUGAUUCUUGUCUUCACUGCCAUUGUUUAAAAAAAAAUCGAGUCCUUUGGCUGAAGCCAGUUUUGCAUUCGUUGCUGUAGAAACCUCUACAAAUUACAGCAAGUUUCCGUUUCACAAAUUCAUGCCCUGUAUUAGUGAAAUUGUUGGUGGGCGAUAACUGAUAUUGUUUUAUUUGUCACUUUCUAGACACAGUGCUGUUCAGGUCCAGCAAAAUAUAUUAAAGGGUUAAUUCAACAAUUAGAAAGCAGCUGAAGUCAAAACAGGACUCACCAGGUCAGAAGAUGUAACCUCCACCUGGUUUAUGGGCCAUAUUUGGUAAAUGAGUAUGUAACUCAGUACCAGUCAUACAGUUUCCAGUAAUUGCCAGCUCUUUGUACAGUGAGACCUCAGCAAAGGAUCAGCGUAGUGCUACAUAUCUUCAUUGCUUCUCCAAAGCAGAUUCUGUUGUUCCCUAUUUACUAUCUCAUCUUCGAAUAGUCCAUUCUCCAGGGGUGUUCUGUAACCAAUCCACCAGUGCCCCCUACGCCACCUCCAUGUUUGAAGCUGUAUUCAUUUUGAAGAAAUGAUUAAAAAUUGAAUAACAGAUGGACAUGUGAACGAGUCUCUCAGCAAGGUUUGGGAGAGGAUGGGAAAUGUACAGAGCACAUACAGUCAGUCUCAGGUAAGCAAUUAGAGAGACUUGUUUGAGGGUAUUCAUUAAUUCAGUCUUCCUUGUGAGUUGCUGAAGAGAUGUCAAAAUCAACCAAGUACUGAGACGUGAAGUUGUAUAGGAAGGCGUCUAAACUGAGGUGGGGCUUUGCAACUGGUUUCACUAUACAAAGCUGCCUGCUCCUGUGGUGGUUCUGGACAAACUACAAUCUCCCAACAUCCACUCAGCUCAGAGAAACACCUGUCAGCAUCAGAGGUUUAACAGAAAUCUUCACCUCAUCCCGUUGUGGAACAAGACGAGAAUUUUAAAAGGAAAUAUACUUCAAAAUUAAUAAAAAGGUUGUAAUAAGCUUUAUAUAGAUGGAUAUUAUGUGAAGCCAUCUCAUUUUCAAUAAAAAGUCUCAAAUUU